UGCUUCAUUUCAUAAAUUUUUUUAGGGUUUCAGCUAUGGUGCUUAAGUGCCUAAUAACCUGUCUAGAAAAGGGUUUUAAAGUCGGGAUAAAAGAGGCGGAAAAAUAGGUUGUGGGCUGUUAAGAAGGUUUGACCCUCCCCAGGUCACAAGUCCAAUGCAAUUUUCUCUGAAACUCUACCCCAUUUGAACUGAAAAACUAUAAUUAAAUUUACUAAUCAAGGAAGGAGUCAACGAAUCCUUCAUUAAUCAUUAAAUUAACCCCAGAUUUCAACCAUGAGGUCCAAACUCCAAACCCAUCUUAAUACUUAAAUCACUUUUGUAUAGUGUAAGCUACUUUGAGCUCUGUUUCUGUCUCUGUCUCUUUCUUGAAAGCACAGAUCCAAACCCACCAAGUUUCAGACCCUUUUCUUUCUCUCUUUCAGAGACUCUGUUUUGCGUUUCCGUGACUGUUUAUUUAAACUGUUAAACAUAUAUUUCCAUUUUUCUUUUCCUUCUUUAAUUGCAUUUAAUAUCUCUUCUUGGGGUGAUUGGGAUACAAUUGUCUUUAACAACUCAUGACAGGAGAAACGGUUCCCUCCUGCAUGGCAGAAUCAAAGCUCAGCGAUUCGGAGUUUAUUCUUCAAAAACAAGCACAUGGGUUCCUCUUUGCAGUCCCUUUUGUGUGUCUUCCUGGGUCUGAAUUCCCAUUGCUCUUCUCAUACGAUUUGUGGGGCUUCUCUAAUUUUUUUUGUUCUUACUUGAAGAUUACCCAUCGAUUACUUCAGUAGUUUGUUCUAUAAUUUUUUAGUACUUUUGUUCUUGCCAUUUUUUUUUUAUUGCCCCUCUAUUCUCUGGAGUGAGUGAGUUGGAGAUUGCAGGAUUCAAUCUCCGGUUCUCUCACUGGCAGGGGAAGAAAGAUGGGGUUGCGACUGAUUCUUCUGCUGGUGAAGCUCUGCAUCGUUUUCAUUCCUUUGCGUGUUUAUGGAUCUGCAGUGUAUAAUAUUUCUCCCUUGGCGGCAAAUUAUUCUGCACAUCCUCCAACCGAAGAAAGAGAACAUGGUCUUGGCUAUCAAGGAAAACCACCGAAGACUGGCACACCAAGGCCAUCUCCACUGCAUUAUGGCUCAGUUUUACAUCCUCCAAUGGUAUCAGCACCCCAUGAUUCUGCACCUGUGUCUCCACGUGCUGAAGGUCUAUUGCCAUCCAUGCCACCAAGUCCUCCUACGGUAUUGCCACCUCAUGAGUUGACACCUCUGCCUAAACCCGUUCAAGGGCCUACACCAUCAAUUCCACGAAGAUCACCUCGUAGAAGUCGUCCAGAUGUGCCAGUUGCAUCACCACCAGGGAAACUGCCAUGGAAGUCACCAUCCUUCAAGCCAACUACCCCAGGAACAACUCCAUCUUCGCUGCCAGACCAUGCUGCUCCAAAAGUAACCCCUUUCCCUAGCAGUAGGAACGGAUAUCAAGUGCCACUUGCUGCUUCUCCGAAGGAAUCAUUUAGCCAUUUAUCACCAUUGAAUCGGUCCCCAAUUAAAGGUUCUUUCCCUGUUGUAGCCCCUUCACCACAUAAAGCUGCAAGGCCAUCUGCCAAAACACCUACCCCCUACAAGUCAUCUCUUCAGCCCCCUGCCGGGAAACGUUUUCAGAGUCCUGCAUUGUCGCCUUCAAUAUCGAUACCUAGGCAUCACCAUUCAGAGAAAAGAUCUCACACAACUAUUCCUGCACCAUCUUAUCUGCCACCUCCUCCUAGUUCGUACUGGCUAGGUUCGCCUUUUUUAAGUCCAGUUAUUCCUCAAGCUCCUUCAAAUGUUCCCGUAGUUCCCCCAAAGAAGAGUAGACAAAGGCAUCGUAGUACUUCGUCCUUUGCUCCAGGUCCUUCUGGCUCAGCAGUCAAAUCUCCAUUUCCUUCAUCGGGGGAAUCGGGCUCUCCUAGACCCGUACAAUCACCAACAUUACCAUCUGGUCAAACUGAAAGACCUCUUCUUCCCCCUAAAGUUUCUCCUCUAGAGCAUUCUCCAAGAAAGCCAUUGAUGCCAAUUCCUUCUCCAGUUCGGGCUCUACCACCUCCACCUCCUAACCAAGAUUGUACUUCAUUGACAUGCACAGAGCCAUUAACAAAUACCCCUCCAGGAUCCCCCUGUGGCUGUGUUUGGCCGAUACAAGUUGGAGUUCGCCUUAGUGUUGCCUUGUACACCUUCUUUCCUUUGGUUUCAGAGUUAGCUGACGAAAUAGCAGCUGGAGUUUUCAUGAAACAAAGUCAAGUACGCAUAAUGGGAGCAAAUGCAGCCAACCAGCAGCCGGAGAAGACUGUUGUCCUCAUUGAUCUGGUACCACUUGGGGAAAAGUUUGAUAAUACAACAGCAUUUUUGACUUACGAGAAGUUCUGGCAUAAGCAGGUUACUAUGAAGACUUCCUUCUUUGGCGACUAUGAAGUAUUAUAUGUACGCUAUCCUGGACUUCCUCCCUCCCCACCUUUGGCAUCCUCCAGCAUUGGCACAGUGGAUGCUGGGCCAUACUCUGGCGGUGACAAUAAUGGAAGGGCAAUAAAGCCUUUGGGAGUUGAUGUGAGGAGGAGACGAAAAGGAGGACUUGGUGGCAGUAUGAUUGCAAUCAUAGUCCUUUCAUCUUCCAUAUUUAUGGUUUUAUGUAUUGGAGCUGCUUGGCUGCUGUUGUUGAAAUCCCGUGACCACACUAGUCAACUGACAUCGAUUCCUCCAACUUUAGUGCCUUCCCUUGCAAAACCAUCAGGGGCUCCUGGAUCUAUGUUGUUUGGAAGUGGACCUAGUUCAGUAUCACUUUCCUUUGGAUCUAGCAUUGCAACAUAUACAGGAUCUGCCAAGACCUUUAGUGCGGCUGAAAUAGAAAGAGCCACUUGUGACUUUGAUCCUUCGAGAAUACUUGGAGAAGGGGGCUUUGGGCGUGUCUACGAGGGUAUCCUUGAUGAUGGAAUCAGUGUUGCUGUAAAAGUUCUCAAAAGGGAUGACCAGCAGGGUGGCCGGGAAUUCUUAGCAGAAGUUGAGAUGCUUAGCCGUCUACAUCACAGGAACUUGGUCAAGCUAAUUGGUAUAUGCACAGAAGACAAUAUCCGCAGCCUGGUCUAUGAACUCAUUCCAAAUGGCAGUGUGGAAUCCCAUUUACAUGGGGUGGACAAAGAAGCUGCUCCACUUGAUUGGGGUGCCCGUAUGAAGAUUGCUCUUGGUGCAGCUCGGGGUCUAGCCUAUCUGCACGAAGACUCAAGCCCCCGUGUUAUUCAUCGGGAUUUCAAAUCCAGCAACAUCUUGUUGGAACACGAUUAUACCCCUAAAGUGUCGGAUUUCGGAUUGGCCAGAACAGCUUUGGAUGAGGGCAACAAACACAUCUCAACACGUGUUAUGGGAACUUUUGGUUAUGUAGCUCCAGAGUAUGCAAUGACAGGGCAUCUUCUUGUAAAGAGUGACGUUUACAGUUAUGGUGUAGUGCUUCUGGAGCUUCUAACAGGAAGAAAACCAGUGGAUAUGUCACGGCCUCAAGGUCAAGAAAAUCUUGUUGCUUGGGCUCGUCCACUCCUCACAAGCAAGGAGGGGUUAGAAAUGAUUAUUGACCCUGAUCUGGGGCCUGUUGUCCCCUUUGAUAGCGUGGCCAAGGUAGCUGCAAUUGCUUCCAUGUGCGUGCAACCAGAAGUCUCGCACCGUCCUUUUAUGGGUGAGGUUGUACAAGCCCUGAAGCUGGUAUGCAAUGAGUGUGAUGAGACAAAAGAAAUGGGAUCAGAAAGUUAUAGCCAAGAGGAUUUGUCCAUUGAUAUGGAUACUAGAAUCAAUAUUGGCUCUGGUCAGCUUCCGGAGCCUUCACAAACCCAAUACCCCAUUUCAGACCAUGCUUCCAUCCUGGAAGCCCGAAUGGCACUAUCAGCUUUAGAUGUAUUCAGUUCAUCAGUGGGAAUUGAAAGGCAGUCAUCAGGGUCUUUUAGGAGGCACUCAAGUUCGGGUCCUCUAAGGACAGGGAGGAGCAGGCAGUUCUGGCAGAGAUUAAGAGGAUCGUCUAGAGGCAGCAUGAGUGAGCAUGGACUUGCAUCCAUAUUAUGGAUGGGAUCCCGAUGAGUUCUUCAGGGACCCAUCCAGAAGAAUAACUUGUACCACCUUGAGGAUCACAAUUUUGUAACAUGAUGCAGUUUAUGACCCAUGCAGAUUCAUAUGACAAUAACGUAAAAUGGUCCAAAAUGCAUGAAUGGUUCAUGAGUUCUAAAGCUGGUCUGUCGUAGCUAUUGUUGCUGCUGGAAACUAAGAAGUGCAUCAGUUAGAUAUCAGAGUCUCGGCAUCCUCUCCUGCCGCUGAUCCUGACAAAUGCAAUUUUUUUGCAAGCAAUGUGGUUCUCAUGAAAACAUCAAUUGAGUGUUCCAUGUUGUAGAUCUGGGAAAAUCUUUCAUCUUGAUUUGUGAAGGUAAGCAGCUAUGUCUGCAACCCUGAAGGCAUGGUGGUUUCAAAACGGGAGACAAAAAUAUAUUCAAUUGACACUCAAUUCAUCAUUGAGAGUGGAGAGGGAAGGCUUUUUAACUGAGUUUGUGGCCUUUUAGUGUCUUCUAUUUGGCCACUUCAAGGGCAAGCUUUAGGGUUUCUGGAGAGUUGAUAUAUGGCAAGUCCAACAGUUUCAAUUCAACCCUUUGUGACACUAUGGAUUGAA